AUGGCCCAACAUGAUGACACUGCAUUGAGAAAGCAAACCACAGUUAUCUUGUUCAGCUCGGAGCAGCCAUGUCUGACACCAACAGUCUCACCGGCAACAUGCACAACGAGACAUCCAGCGGUCGCCACACGUCUACAACCACUCUUUGCUUCUCGAGUACAACAAAAUGUAUGCCGAGCUCUCCUCCCGGUGAUCAUCUACAUCGUUUUCAUGAUAGUUCUCGGGACAGUGGGCAACUCCGUGGCGCUGGUCGUCUACUACAAGCGGUUCAAACCCAGCUCCACCAGGACAUUCAUCAUGUCUCUCUCCGCCAUCAGCCUUCUUGCAAGUCUCGUGUGUUUCCCGGAGAAGAUCGCCGAGUACUGCCUGCAUUUUACCUUCACUAACCGCUCAGCGUGCCAGGUCUUCUCCUUCUUGCGAGGGUUCACCACCUACUCCAUGGGACUGACCCACACCGCCAUGGCCUUUGACCGCCAGCGUAGGGUAUGUUCGCCCUCCGUCCGGCAGUGGAAGAUGCAGGACAUCUACAUUGCCGUUGGCAUGUGUGUCGCUCUGAGUGUCUUCAUCAGCAUCCCUAUGUAUGUCCUGUACGGCUCACGGACUGUGGACUGGACCAGUAACGUCACUGGGGUCAUGUGCGGCGAGGACGACAGCUACGUGAGGACCACAGGGCUGAUAUUAUACUACGUGGUCCUGAAGGGAGUGUUUGUUACCGGCAUGGUCGUCAUAGUUAUCAGUUAUGUGAAGGUUGGUCUCAAGGUAUGGGAGCACAAGAAGCAGCUUGAAAAACGAUAUCUCGCGACAUCUUCCUGUCGGCACCAGGCUAGAGACCGCGACAGGGAAAGCUUUCAGGUGCCGGCGAUGUCACAGCUGGAGGUCACAAGGACUGAUAAUAACAUCACGCACGGAGACAGGUGCUCCACGAGUUGCGAUCUCGACUGCACUGGAAGGAACCUGACAAGCUUCGAAAUAAACAGCACAUUUAGUUGUGGUGACAGAGCUGAAUGUCACGUGACGGGAAAGCUGUAUGACGUCACCUCGUUUGACCAUGUUGUGCCGAACCCACCUUGUGACUGCCUUAAGCUCGUGACAUUCACACCACCUAGUGUUGCCCACUCGAGUGCACUCUCGCAACCGAGUCGUCGGACCUUGCGAUACCUGUGCUCCAUGAAUCCUCGGAACAAACCAUGCACCACAGCAUCAGAUAUCCAGCCGACCAACCCUGCCUCCCAUGCAACCGUCACUUCACAAUAUGUCGGCGUCGGCUUGGAGGAGAUGUCAGAGGGCGGGUGCGAAGAGAUUUCCUUGCAUCCUGAAGUGAACCGAGGUCUAUCAGAGAAGUCCAUGUCGACAGAAAUGUUAAACUUGAUUCAGUUCUGUCUGUUGUCCCAUUACAUCAACUUCACCAUCGGCCCCAUCGUCUACAGCGUGUGCAGCGUUCGAUUCCGACAACAGCUGUGCUACUUCCUGUCUGGACUGUUCGUCUACAUCGUCGUGCUGAUGAUCACAGGCCUGCUGGGCAACAGCCUGGCCGUCGUCGUGUACUCCAAGAGGUUCAAAGGUAGCAGCACGCGGACGAUGACUCUAGGGCUGAGUGUGGCUGGCCUGGCGGCCAACCUCGUGUGCUUCCCACAGAAGCUGGCCGAGCUUUCCUUGCAACAAGCCUUCAACUUCAAGGGUGAAUGCGAGGACUACAGCAAGCCAAGAGGACCAACCGCUAGUGACGUCACUGCACAAGUGGAAGAAUUGUGUUGUGACGCCAUUGCACCGGAAGUUGUCGUCACGACAGAAGUGCAGUCAACAACAGCAGCAACAGAGAUGGCAUCAGAGCCACUCGGCGAUAAUUCAGCGCUGGCUGUUACGGUGGGUGGUGUUCCCGACCACACCAACAGGUUGUGGGUGGACACAGUCCGCUGGGCUGCCUGGCAGGGAGGGGCGAGAUGCAUCCAGGCCGUCUCAAGCAUGUUAUCUCCCUUUGUACAACGAAACUCUACGGUUACUGCGGCGAUGUCGGAGGAGCCCGACAUGGUCCCUCCACACGGUGGGUAUGACCGCCGACCCCGCAGAGACGCAAUACUAUCGCGGACGACCAAGAUGUUGUUCGUGGUGACGGUGAUCUUUGCGUUCAGCUACCUGCCCAGGCUGAUCAUAAUCGGCAUGCAUCUGUCCAGAAGUCACGGUCACGGUCAGGGUCAGGGUCACGGUCACGAUGCUCAUGCCCUGUCGCUGACACAGCUGAACGUGCAUUUCGUGUUCCUCUACUCCAAUUUCAUCAGCUUCACCGUCAACCCCAUCGUCUACAGCGUAUUGAGCGCCACCUUUAGGCGAGACUGUCGUCGCCUCCUUCUGGACCUCCGGCGGAAGUACGAAGCGAAGCAGCGCGGCGCAGAGACUUGCUCGAGCGCCUCCUGUGACCUCUGACCCUGGCACACUAAGAUGUUGUCUGACAAGAGAAGGACUAAAGUUUCUCUUGUCCUGCCGAAAAUCUUCACCAUCUCGCUUUCUCCAAAGUUCGACAUCAAGCAGUUGCAAAAAUAGUUUUUUUCUCGGAGGCAUGCGCUCUGUCUGCCGGGCUGUGUGGACAACAUAAAUGUCGGACGACAUGUGCACGACAUACAUCACGGACAUGUACAUGAUAUACUGUUAACUCGGGUCAGGUGAUCAAGUCCAUGUAUUACCUUUGCCUAUGGUAUAGGACUCUAGGUGAUCUGCACAGCGUUCAUCAACUCAAGGUGUAAAUACAAAAUAUUUCUAGGCUAAAAGUGUUUUAUAUAUAUAUAUAUCUUUAAAAUGAGUAUGUAAUUAUCGCUGUAUAUUAUACAGAUUUAAUAUUUUCAUAAGUACAUCACAAAGGCAGUACCUGUAGCCAAACAUUUGAUUUCUGAUUUAAUGUUCAGCUCUCAAAAGACGAUAUUUCUGAACAUUAUUUUCUUUUGCUGAUGCCUCUUCAAAAUGACAUUUCUGUCUCCGAAGUAAUAAAGAAAACUUUGUGAUGUGAUAUUUGUGAAAGUUUAUGUUAUUGUUGCUAUUAGUAACAAAUAUUUCUAGUCUGGUUAAGAAUGUUUUUACUGUGAAAGUGUUCGAUAAUUUAUUAAAUUGCAUUUCUUUGCGUGAGAAAUACUAUGUCAUGAGCUUACUGUCAGCAUGAAUUGAUUGUUUAUACAUGCAGACUGAGAUAUCUUGUUGACAUUUAUUGUAUAAACGUUUGAUUACAUGGUUAUUACAGAC